GCGGCGGUUGGAGGCUCGGAUGGAGCCCGAGCCCGAGCCCGAGCAGGAGCGGCUGAGGCGGCAGAUCCGCUUGCUUCAAGGUCUCAUCAAUGACCAUAAAAACGCCCAUGGGAAUGCGCCGGUACCUCCACCGCCUGCUUCGCUCUCCAGGUGGAGGAACCCGAAACUUCCUGCCUUUCACAGCCAAGCGGCCUUCGGUGCAGGAUACAGCCAGCAACCCUCCCGAGAUUACCCAUCCGGCCAGCCCAACGCCACUACCUGGAGGAAGAAAUACUCUCUGGUCAACGCCCCGCCUAGACCAGCCUUGUCUUCGGCCAGCAGCGUUUCUCCGGGGACUUCCUGGGCGACUGAGAGCCGUGCCGGAAGGGAGGCUCCCGAGCCACAACUGAUGCUUUCGGAGGUGAAGGCCGUCUCCGGCACAAAGGCAAAUGUCGGGCUGCCAGCUGGCUCCGUGGCGGGUUAUGUCAUCGGCUCUGGGUUCCUGCCGGGCAAUCCAGGAUCGAGAAAGGCACCGUUGUCUUCUAGGGGAAGCCCGUCGGCGGGUCCUUGGCCUGUCAACGCGGACUCGAGACACCACAAAGAGAUGUGCGCUUCCACUUUGUCCCACGUACCCCGUUGCAAAAGUCUGGCUACGGGUGGAAAUAACCGACCAGCGGCUGCUCAGAAGAAGCCCGUCGCGGGGAGUGACUUGACCCCCCGUUUAGGCAGGACUAUCAGCGAGAGCGCCAUUACGUUGAAAUCUGAGCCGCGGCGGUGUCUGGCCUCGCCUGAACAGGGAACAGGGUCUCUCCCAACCUGGAAGAAGCCACUCCCCCAGGUUUCACACCGCCACCCCUCCCCUGCAGGGACAGCCAAGCUCCUCCCCACCAGGAGCGUGGGUCCGUCUGCCGGCUGCGCCCAUUCGGGCGAGGAGGCGUCUUCCAGCGCUGGGACGAGCCUUCCCCCAAACAAGCCCGCCGGUUUUUCGCUCCAGAAGUCGUCUUCCUUGCUGGCCCCCAGCAAGUCUUCCCGCUUUAAGAGAGCCAACUACACCUGGGUGGCAAAUCCCAGCAAAUCCCCCCGAAGCGCGAAGCGGUGGGCCAUUUCCAGGACCCCUGAAAGCACCCCCAAGUUUGGCGCCUGCACGGCAACGACCUCCCCCAAGUUACAGUCCAGGGGAGCACAUCUCGAGCCGGGGGCCAAACCAAAGAGACCCAGCCCGCAUUCGAAGCUGGCGGUCUCCUCCAGCCGGUACAGGUGGAAAGCGGCGAGUGCGAAGUCUGCUCCUUCCACCUCGGCGUCGGUCUUCACUUGGAAGCGCAAAGAAGGGGUUGGACCCGGGGAGGCCCCCGGUGUGGGCGCCAGCACCUCCCUCCAGGCGCUGAGGCGGGUCCCUCUCGGACAUGGCAGCCCGCGAGGCUUCUUUGGAACUAGCGUUUUUUUUAAUUACCGACUGAGGAGUUGGCCCAAAACCCCAAAGAGGAAAGGAGGCGCCAGCUCUCCCACCCUGCUCCUGAAAAGCCGCUACUGCCUCCGGAAGCGCCACGCCACGAGGGGAAGGUCCUCCCCCACCGCCCGCAAAACCAGCCCGAAGGGCCUCGUGCAGAUCAGCAAGCACCGGUUGCGCCGGCUGCCGGCCUCUCGCGCUCCUGGUUCGCCCAAAGAAGGUCCCAGCUUUGUCCUGGUCACCAGCCCGGCGUCCCACCGAGUGGUCAAUACCCGCUACAGGCUGGUGAAGAAGUCGGCGGGGUCCCCGGCGAGCCCAGCAACCUCCGGGGCUGGCCCGGCCCACGGUUGGAAGGCCAGGAGGCUCUCAUCGUCCAGAUCUCUUGUGUCCAAUUCCUCCCGCCACUCUUCACCGGGGAGCAAGUCUCAGGCGGGGCAGCAACCCCGGUGGAGAAACAAAGGACUACGUUGUAUCGAAGGAGUCAUGUACCGCGUUUCGGCUAACAAGUUGUCCAAGACGUCCAGCUCUCCCGGCAGAAGCGUAGACACGGCGACCAGGAGCCAUGCCAAAGGAGCAUCGCGACCCGACUCGGCGCCUGGCGCUCCCGGCUAUUCUCCACCUGGCUGGCCAAGCCGGUCCAUCACCAGCCGCUACAUUGCUAGCCGCGCUGUGCAAAGGAGCCUUGCCAUCAUCCGCCAGGCCAAACUGCGCAAGGAGAGGAAGAAGGAAUACUGCAUGUACUACAACCGUUUUGGGAAGUGCAACCGCGGGGACAGCUGUCCGUACAUCCACGACCCCGAGAAAGUGGCUGUCUGCACCAGAUUCCUCCGCGGGGCCUGCAAGAAGACGGACGGGACGUGUCCCUUCGCACACAAGAUUUCGAAGGACAAGAUGCCCGUCUGCUCCUACUUCCUGAAGGGAAUCUGCAGCAACAGCGACUGCCCUUACAGCCACGUCUACGUGUCCAGGAAAGCAGAGGUCUGCUCGGACUUCCUGAAGGGCUAUUGUCCCUUGGGAGAGAAGCGGCUUCUGCACUUCUUCAGCAACUUCUUGGAUGAGAAGUGA